GGCCGCGGAGCCGCUCUGGCAGCUCGGGCAGCGCCGGCCUCGCCCGCCCUCCCCGCGCCGAGGCAGCCCGCGGAAUGAGCGUUCCCCGGGCGGCUGCUGCUGCCGCUGCCGCCUCCAGUCGGGCUCGGGCGGGCGGGCAGGGAGCGCGGCUGCCGGCGCGGUCGCUGCAGCGGGAGCGGAGUGAAUGACCGAGAGGAGCGGCGCGGAGAGGCAGCCCCGGGAUCAGGAUGCGGGCGGCCGCCAGCAUCCUCAACCUCCUGCUACUGUCCUUGCUGGCCGGCCUCAAUCCCUCCAAGACUCAGAUUAGCCCCAAGGAAGGGUGGCAAGUUUAUAGUUCAGCCCAGGAUCCUGAUGGCCGUUGCAUUUGCACUGUUGUUGCACCUGAACAAAACCUAUGUUCAAGAGAUGCCAAAAGCAGGCAACUCAGACAACUGCUAGAGAAGGUUCAGAAUAUGUCCCAGUCUAUUGAAGUUUUAAAUCUACGGACUCAGAGGGAUUUCCAGUAUGUUUUAAAAAUGGAAACACAAAUGAAAGGGCUGAAGGCCAAGUUUCGGCAAAUUGAAGAUGAUCGGAAGACAUUAAUGACAAAGCAUUUUCAAGAAUUGAAAGAAAAGAUGGAUGAGCUCCUGCCACUGAUCCCAGUUCUGGAACAAUACAAAACUGAUGCCAAAUUAAUCACCCAGUUCAAGGAGGAAAUUAGGAAUCUGUCUACUGUGCUCACUGGGAUUCAGGAAGAAAUUGGUGCUUAUGACUAUGACGAACUACACCAGCGCGUACUCAGCUUAGAAACCAGGCUUCGAGACUGCAUGAAAAAGCUCACAUGUGGCAAAUUGAUGAAAAUUACAGGCCCCAUUACAGUGAAGAUAUCCGGAACCCGAUUUGGAGCCUGGAUGACGGAUCCAUUGGCAUCGGAGAAAAAUAACCGAGUCUGGUACAUGGAUAGUUACACUAACAAUAAAAUUGUCCGUGAAUAUAAAUCAAUUGCAGACUUUGUCAGUGGGGCUGAAUCAAGGACAUACAACCUUCCAUUCAAAUGGGCAGGCACCAACCACGUUGUCUACAAUGGCUCCCUCUAUUUCAACAAGUACCAGAGCAACAUCAUCAUCAAAUACAGCUUUGACACGGGGCGGGUGCUCGCGCAGCGCAGCCUGGAGUACGCUGGCUUUCACAAUGUCUACCCUUACACCUGGGGGGGCUUCUCUGAUAUUGAUCUGAUGGCAGAUGAAAUUGGGCUGUGGGCUGUGUAUGCCACCAACCAGAAUGCAGGCAACAUUGUCAUCAGCCAGCUAAACCAGGAUACUCUGGAGGUGCUGAAGAGUUGGAGCACAGGCUACCCAAAGAGAAGCGCUGGAGAAUCCUUCAUGAUCUGUGGCACCUUGUAUGUUACUAACUCUCACUUAACAGGAGCCAAGGUCUACUAUUCUUAUUCCACAAAAACUUCCACUUACGAGUAUACAGACAUUCCUUUCCAUAAUCAGUAUUUCCAUAUAUCCAUGCUUGACUACAAUGCAAGAGAUAGAGCUCUCUAUGCCUGGAAUAACGGACAUCAAGUCCUGUUUAACGUCACCCUCUUCCACGUCAUUAAAACUGAAGAUGACACAUAAUUUUCUUUCCCUUACCUCCCUCCGUCAAAGCAGUCUCAUUUGUGAUUAACUUUAAAAGCAUCCAUCUCUUUCAGUUCCUUUUAAUUUACAUUUCGUUCUUCAUUAAGGAAAAGCAACAUUUUCUACUAUGUAAUGCAUUUCAAAUAUGGCUGAGCCUGUCUAAAACGACCUGUCGGAAAUAAAAGCAUCUUAACUCAUGAUUCUACAAGGUCUGUCAAGACCUUGUCUUGAAAAGCACUAAAGAGGAUUUAAGUGGCUAAAGACAGUUUUUAAAAGAUUAUGAUCUGCCUUAUUUUAGAGUCAGAGACUAAUGUUGGCUUAAAUGCAUGAAUGUCUUUUUUUACCUCAUUUUUGGUUUUAAUCUAUUGCUUAACUUCAGGAAGCAUUUUGGUAGUGUCAGACACAUAUUGCACAUUGUAUUUUUUUAUUUAUUCAGAAAGAUUUAGGAACUUAAAUUUACUUAGACAUGGAGUAUGAUUCAUUUUGCCAUCACCCAAUUUCAGAUGUGGUGCUGUACAGUAUGUUUUUAAAUCUCUUGCAAACAUUUUAUCGACAGUAUGUAUUUCUACCAUUGUAACCACCAUUGUGCAAUUGUAUCUCUUCACUUAUGUGAAAGUAAACUAAGUACUAUUUUUUAUAAAAUAUAUUGAAAUAAUUGCAGUUCUGGUUAUGGGUCAAUUGAAAGUGGUAAAAAUCUGCUAAAAGGUUGUUAUUUCUGAGAAAGACCAGUAGCUUCUCAGAUGCAUGAUUCCCGUUCUCAGCUUUGCUUGGUAGAUCUCUUCUUCACCACUGAAGCCUCAUACCCGUCUCAGCUUUACAACUGUUUGCCCUGCCCAAUUUUUAUCUCAUACUGCUGGCUUCUCUCUCCCUCAGUCUCUUUCUCCUGCUUUCUUCCCUUCCACCAUUUUAUUGCCCUUGUUUAUGCUCACUCCCUGAUCUGGGCUUCACAAGAGAGGAGCAGAAAGUGGGCUGAUGCCCAUGUCUGCAGCAAGCGUGUGAGUGCUGUUCUGGGGCACUGAGGAGCAGUGUUAGAAGUCAAGUUGCUUUCCCUAAUUUGCCUGUCUUCUUACUCAUAAUAGAAGAACAUUUAUCUUUUGACAAAACUCUUCUCUGGGAUGACCAUAAUCAAGGAGAAAAUACAAAGGAAAAGUACAAAGCCUGGAUGAUCACUGUGGCACCUGAUAGCCCUUGCUAGGAAAUGGCAACAACACUGAGGCCAACCUCUUGCAAAGAGGUUUGGGUUUUGUUAGCAGUACAAUUGUUACUUAGGUUCAAAACUGAUGCCUUUAAAAAACAAAUAUUUAGGAAAGCUGUGUGGUUUGCUAUACUAUCUCAUUAGAAACUAGGGGAUGGGGAGAGUGUGCACAUUUUAUUGAGAACAAAGGAAUGAGGUGCUAUUCAUCUCUUUUGGCAUAAAUGGAAAGAAAGUAACAUUAUUAAGCACUAGUAAUAAGAUUUUUUAUUAGCUGGGCUCUCACAAAAUGCAAAAAGACAACUCAGUGAAAGCUGAAGCUUGUGAAGCUCACAAAAUCUGAGAUUCUCCUCUUUAUAUCCUUUGAAAUUGAAAAGCCAGAUCUAUUUUGAAGACAUUUUAUUUGCUAGUUCUACCAACAUGUCAGCUGAGACCACCUUAAGCCUCAUUAAUGUUUUCAUUAUUAUAAAUAUAUAUGUCUAUUUAUGUUUACAAAUCUGCUUUUAUAAUAUAAGCCCCCAUAUGAAGCUGAACAAAUUGCCUUAUUUUUCAUACUGGCUGCAAAAAAAAAAAGAAA